AAGGAUUAGUUUUAGAGUAAUCCAAGUAUUUAUACUUCCGUAAAAUAAUUAUUGACAAAUAUUACCAUAUUUUCUUUAUUACAACACGUGCACACACUCACGAUUCACACUACGAUGAUCAAAUUGAAAAAUCUAUAAAUAGAAUAAAUACAUCGCACUUAUGUACGUUAAACGAAUGUUACGAAAUAAUUCACAUACGACGUGAAAUUAUGCAAUCUUCUUGACACAAAAAUUGGCUUUUUUGUUUUUAUUGACUUGAAAAUGCUCCGAAAAGGGAAUCAAGCAAAUGACAAAAUAUGUCUUGCACGCAAUCGCGACAAUAAGUUACGUUUUAUUCGUCCGUGGAAUUUGUUAAUUACGCGUAUCGCGAAUACAUUGAAUACAUUAGAAAUAUUAUAAUACAUACGGUGGUUCCAAAUAAUACGGAAAUACUAGAAAGUAUUAAAUCAUAAUUAACAUACAUCAUCCAAACAUGUCAUACAUAAAUCAGCAAAGUCAGGUAUGGCCAUUAUAUGUAAGCACUUGUAAGAAUUAGAAAGCUUAAUAUCUAGAAAGAAUAUUUAACAGGAUAGCAAAUAUGGACAACUCGCGCAUAAGUUAUUUAAGGUUGCCACAAUGUCUGGUAGCAAAAUAGUAUUCCGCCGUGCCGAUGGAACUAAAGAAACUGCUACGGAACUGCUGCAUGAAUUUGGUACUACGGAUGUAGCAAUUGGGGAUGUUACAGCUGAAGUUAUGAUAACAACAUUAGGUAAAAUACCAAAUGAAAUGUAUGAUUUAGAUGAAACAAGCCCUAAAAUGAAAUAUGCAACUCCAAGAAUUGAUUUACAAUCUACAUCAAGAUACGUGCAAGCUAUGAUGUCUACAGAUGAAACGAUCAAUGCUAAUGGCAGAUCCGAAGGACAUUCUUCGGUUUUAGUUGCUUUAUUAAGCGCGCUUGUGGUUAUAUUAUUUAUGUGCUGCAUCACAGCGUGUCUUAUAGCUAGAUCAAAAAGAAGAAGGAAUUUCUUUGGUAAAUCUGACACAGAAUGUGAACCAGGAUGUACCGGUAUAAAUCAGCCACUGCUAGAUAAAAUAUCCCAAAGUACUAAUAAAACGAGUAACGGUUCGUCGAGAGAUUAGUACGAGAAAUACUUUUUUAACAAAGAUAGCAUCGCUCCAGGUACGAAGCAUCGCGAUACGUUUAUGCAAACGGGAGUGAAUUUUGUUUCAAAUCGAAAUCAAGAUGAAACAGCAUAUUAGAAAUUUGAGUAAUCGGUCGGACUGACGUCCUAUAAAUAUCGACAACAAUGUAUUUCGUAAUAAAUAUUAAGCCUGUAAAAAGAUACGUAUCAACGGAAUACGAAAUUUCCCAAAUAAGUCACAUGUAACAGAAGGAAAUUCGAAAUGCAACAUAACCUAAAACAAACU